AUGGCGUCGGUGAAGAUUGGGACUCUCAUCAUUCGGACACUUUCCAAACCUAUCGCAACCAAAAUCAAGGAACAGGCGCGACAACAUCCUAGGUUCCGCCAAUGGUGCAUCAACCUCGCCCAAGGGAUGUACAGAACUGAAGUGAAACUACGCACGAACAUCCUCGGAGAACAAAUGAAGCACCUCCACAUUCGUCCCCUCUCAGAGACAAGAGCGAUAGACCAAGGCGCCAACUUCUUAGCAGAAGGCUUCAUGUUCUCUGUGGCAGCAGCACUGAUUAUAGGCGAAGCCUUCCGUUCGUCGCGGAACCAAUCGAAACGACGUGAUUCUGUAGACGACCAGCUCGAUGCACUCGGAACCCAGAUAUCGGAACUACAAGCUAAAGUGGAGAGUCUGUCUGAGAAGUGGGACGACGACUUGAGAGACGAACGGAUACGGAACGACGAACUUGCACGGAUACUCGAGCGAGUGGUGGAAAUCGGUCUUCGAGGUGGCUGGGCAGAGUUCCAAGACUCGCCAGUACAGAUACCCAGAGUCAACUUGGCACCUCACUCGCACCGGACUCAGCUAGCUGGCGAACCAGAAGAAAUGCACUCGAUAUCUGACUUACCACCGCAAGAGACCCAGAUAGACGUCACCGCGCCUACAGAGCCCUCCAAGUCGGACAAAGAUUCAAAGUCUGGUUCUCCUUCAUAG